AUGCAUCCAGACAGUGCUGACGAGUCGACCCCGAUGAGGCGGGGGAGUCUGCGGCUGGACGCGCUGGGGGAGGACGGGGAGUCCGACACGAGCGGGGACAGUGACGGGGAGGCAGAGCACCAGGAUAAUGACUUAGACGGAGUCCUGGAUCCGGAGGGAGAGAGUGCCUACAUUUGGAUGGGAGUUGUCUCCUGCUGUGUCCUGUAUAACACCUGGGUCAUCAUCCUGAGAACAGCAUUUCAGCAGAUGAGAUCGAAGAGUUAUUUGUCGUCCUACUUUGACGUGCUAGACGUGGUGGUGGACUUGGUGUACCUGGCCGACAUCGCUGUACACUUCCGGACCGGCUACCUGGACGACGGCAUCCUGGUGACUGACCUGGCCAGCUUGAGCCGUCACUACCGCAGCCAAUGGGAGUUUCGGCGAGACGUAGUCUCCAUGCUGCCCGUCAAAGUUUUGACCUUACUCCUACCAGUUGGUGACGGCGCCCUCCCCAUACUGAGGCUACCUCGCCUGUUGAAGUGGGGGACGGUCCUGGACUUCUUCCAGUUCACCGACAGCCGUACUAGCCGACCCAACAUCGUGAGAGCCCUGGUGCUGGUCCUGUACCUGGCAUCAUUUAUCCACUGGAUCGCCUGUCUGUACUACAUGCUGUCGGAGUACGAAGGCCUGGGUACAAACGAGUGGGUGUAUCCUGGAGACGAGGAGGAGCAGCCUUUUGUCAG